CCCGUUUAGGUAGUGGUCCGCGCCCCACAGCCGCGACAACUUGGACCGGCGCUUGUUCGCGAGAGACAUAUAUUAUAGAAAAAAUCAAACGACGACGACGCCCUCUAUAUCCCUCCUAUAUCGACCCUCCACGAGUCUCAACAAUUUUCUAUACACACACAUAUAUAUAUAUAUAUAAUAUUGUAACAAAAGGUGCAAAUUCCUGUGUGCGGGCAACCACGCGUGUGCCAAGUGUGUAUUUUUUUUUUUGAAAUCCCAUUUUUGCAAAAAAAUAAAAGAGAGGUUUUUAUUUAUUUAUUUUUUCUCGUGUGUGUGUGUCUCAACAGCGGAUAACCGGCGAAUGAUCCAGAAGAGAUCAUCACUCAUGAUCUAGUAAAGGCUUCUAAACCCACCCCCACCAGGAUGUGGUGCAUAGCUGUCACCGUAGUUUUACUGGCGUCUAUCGCCAGUGCCAAGGUGGCUGUCCUGCCCCACGAUGUCUACCCUGGAUUUGAGGUGACACAUUUUCAAAAUGGCAAACACAAUUCCAAUUAUCGAUUAUUGGAGACUGGCUUCUCUAAAUAUUUCACCGUUCUUGACAAUGGAAUUGUCAUGACAACAUCCGAUUUAGGUCCAUUGGUUAAUCGACCAGUGAAUCUUGUUGUUCUCGAGGAACUUGCAAAUAAAACUGAAACACAUGAUCUACAUCUUUAUGUGAUUAAUCGAAGAAAUAUGCUCACAUUUACACACGAUCAAUUAGGCGAGGGUGAAAUACUUGAAAAUUCACUGCCCGGAAUGAUGGUCGAGGGUUUUCCAAUUUUAAGAGCACGUGGUAAAUUUCCUGUACAUUAUACAAUUUUACCCGAGGACGAUGGUGAUCGACCAUUUGUAUUAAGUGAUAUUAUUACCAAAGAAAUAGGAUACAAUCUAACAUUGAGAAAUCAUAAACAAGGUGUACGUGUUAUUUCAACAAAACCAUUGGAUCGUGAAAGAAAGAAAUUUCAUAAAAUUGUUAUUCACGCAUCGGACAAUGAUUUUAUAAGUUCAUCAAAAAUUAGUGGAAUUGUUCAAGUACUCGAUGAAAAUGAUAAUAAUCCUAUUUUUGAAAAUCCUAUUUAUACUUUUGAAAUUUCGCCAAUUAAUUUAAAAACAUUGUCAAAAGAUAUUGUACCACAUUGGAAGAGAUUUUCAACAAUUGGAAAAGUUAUUGCAACUGAUGCCGAUGGUGAUAAAUUGGCGUACAAAUUGCUUACGCCAAAUAAUAUGGUUAUCAUUGUACCACAAACUGGUGAAUUACUAUUGGCUGGUGAACCAGAAAUUGCCGCUGAUGAAGAUGAAGAAUGGCAGCUGUUGGUUGAAGCUCACGAUCUUCGAUUACCAAGUCGAAUUUCAAUGGCUCCUGCAAGAGUUAUUGUAAGAUUGUUGACAUCAGCUCCAAUUGAGCCUGAGGUCCACAAAAUUCAAAAGAGGCGUGUCACAAGGGCUGUUAGACCAACCAAGAAAAUUGAAUUUACCGAAGCUGAUGGUGAUAUUGAGGGAAAAAUUGCUUUUUACCUCGAAAAAGAGACCGAAAGAGAGACAUACAAAAUUCGAGAUGAAAAUAAAUGGGUCACUGUUGGAUCAAAUGGGUCCGUUCGAGUCAAACAAAAAUGGGACUACGAGGAACUUGGUCCUGAGAAGACAAUUGAUUUUUGGGUUACCAUUCACAAUGCAGAUACUGACAAUCAACGUGUGAUCAUCAAUGUGAAAGAUGUCAACGAUGAGCCUCCAUACUUCAUUAACAGGCCAUUGCCCAUGCAAACAGUCGUGCAAUUGAACGCACCACCCAACACGCACGUGUUUACACUUCAGGCACGAGAUCCUGACACCGAUCAUAAUAUUCAUUAUUUUAUUGUCAGAGAUCGCACUGGCGGUCGCUUUGAGGUUGACGAAAGAUCAGGUGUCGUGAGAACAAAAGGCACGGAUGUUUUUCAAUUGGAUAUGGAGUAUGUCCUUUAUGUGAAAGCCGAGGAUCAAAAUGGUCGAAUUGAUGAAAGAAAAUUUCAAUCAACACCUGAAGAACGAUUGUCAAUUGUCGGUGGAAAGCGUGCUCCUCAAUUUUACAUGACUGCUUAUGAGGCUGAAAUACCUGAAAAUCAAAAAAAAGACUCUGAUAUAAUAUCAGUGAAAGCAAAAUCAUUUGCUGAUCGUGAAAUUAGAUACACAUUAAAAGCACAAGGUCAAGGAGCAGCGGGAACAUUUAAUAUUGGACCAACAUCAGGAAUUGUGAAACUCGCCAAGGAACUGGAUUUUGAGGAUCUUCGACAACCGCAUAUUUAUUCACUGGUUGUCACAGCCACUGAAGAUUCUGGAGGUUUUUCCACAUCAGUUGAGCUUACAAUAAAAGUAUCGGAUGUCAACGACAAUGCUCCAAAGUUCGAAUUACCGGAUUAUCAAGCCCAUAAUGUGGAUGAAGAUAUUGCAUUGGGAACCAACAUCCUCAAAGUCAAGGCAACGGAUGCUGAUUCUGGUGCUAAUGCUGAUAUCGAGUAUUUGGUUUCCGAUGAUCACUUUAGCGUUGAUUCAAACGGUAUCAUUGUCAACAAUAAACAAUUGGAUGCUGACAAUAAUAAUGCAUAUUAUGAAUUUGUCGUCACUGCAAAGGAUAAAGGCGAACCAUCAAAAACUGGAACGGCAACAGUGAGAAUUUAUACAAAAAAUAAAAAUGACGAGGAACCGAAAUUUUCACAGCAGGUCUACACGCCAAAUGUAGAUGAGAAUGCUGGACCAAAUACACUUGUAACAACAGUUGUUGCUUCUGAUAAGGAUGGCGAUAAUGUUCGUUUUGGUUUUGUUGGUGGUGAAAUAGUAUCAGGACAAUUUGUAAUUGAAGAAAUAACUGGCGUUAUACGUCUUCGUGGCAAGAAUAUAUCAUUAGAACGUGAUAAAUAUGAAUUAAAUGUAACGGCAAUGGACGAUGGAGCAUGUUGUUUAAAUGGUGAUAAAGUUAUACACACGAGUACUGCGGUUGUUGUUGUUUUUAUAACCGAUGUUAAUGACAAUAAACCAGUAUUUAAAGAAUGUAGCGCUUAUAAUCCAAAAGUUGAAGAAGGAGCACCUAAUGGAAGUCCAGUUAUUAAAGUUCAAGCAACAGAUGAAGAUAAAGGUGUCAAUGGACAGGUGAAAUAUUCCAUUGUACAACAACCAAAUCAAAAGGGAACCAAAUUCACCGUUGAUGAGGAAACUGGUCAAGUUUCAACGAAUAAGGUGUUUGACAGAGAAGGCGAUGAUGGAAAAUUUGUUUCCGUCACUGUAAAAGCAACAGAUCAGGGAGAACCAUCUUUGGAAGGUGUUUGUUCCUUUACUGUUGAAAUAACAGAUGUGAACGACAAUCCACCGUUGUUUGAUCGUCAGAGAUACGUUGAAAAUGUGAAACAAGACGCGAGUAUAGGGACCAAUAUUCUGAGAGUGUCAGCAUCCGACGAGGAUGCAGAUAACAAUGGAGCAAUAAUGUAUUCACUGAGCGCACCGCACAACGAUCAUGGACUUGAUUAUUUCGAGAUUCAACCAGAAUCUGGUUGGAUCGUUUUAAAGAAGCCAUUGGACCGAGACAGGUAUCGCCUGAGAGUACGUGCCUCCGACAGAGGGACGCCACCCUCGUACGCUGACGUGGACGUUGAGUUAGACGUCGUAGACAGAAACAGUAACCCUCCUAAGUGGGAAAAGAGCGUAUACGGCCCCAUUCACAUCAAAGAAAAUGUCACAGUGGGUACUAAGGUGACGCAGGUGAAAGCCAGCUCUGGCAUUAUCAAUAAUCCAGUGGUUUUUUACCGCUUAAUGCCGGGAUCAACAGCGCAAACCAACAAGUUGCACACAUUUUAUCUUCAACAACGAUCGGAUAACUCGGUCACUUGGGCUGACAUAAAGGUCAAUCAGCCUUUGGACUAUGAGAGUAUAAAAGAAUAUAAUCUCACCAUACGUGUCGAGAAUAAUGGAGCUCAACAGCUGGCUUCUGAGGCAACUGUCUACAUUAUGCUCGAGGAUGUCAAUGACGAGAUUCCUCUUUUUACUGAACGCGAACAGGAAACGGUUUUGGAAGGUGAACCAAUUGGCACAAAAGUUACUCAAGUCAAUGCUAUUGACAAGGAUGGCACUUUCCCCAACAAUCAGGUCACUUAUUAUGUCGUGGACAGUGACAGAAAUGAGGGAAAAGAUUAUUUUGAGAUCAACCGAGAAUCGGGUGAAGUGUUUACUAAAGUCGUGUUCGAUCGUGAAAAGCAAGGAGCUUAUGCUUUGGAAGUUGAAGCAAGGGAUGGGGCAGCAUCAGCAAGACCAAACAGCAAUGGCCAACCAAACUCGGUAACGAAAUUCAUCCGUAUUGGAAUUGCUGAUAAGAACGACAAUCCACCCUAUUUCGACAAGGGCCUCUACGAGGCUGAGGUAGACGAAAAUGAAGAUAUUCAGCAUACAGUGCUCACUGUUACCGCCAAGGAUCACGAUGAAUCGUCGCGUAUUCGAUACGAGAUCACAAGCGGUAACAUAGGCGGAGCUUUCGCUGUCAAAAAUAUGACCGGAGCCAUUUAUGUCGCGGGUGCUUUGGAUUAUGAGACGAGAAAAAGAUACGAGUUAAAAUUAACAGCCUCGGAUAAUUUAAAGGAAAAUUAUACAACUGUCGUUAUUCAUGUAAAAGAUGUAAAUGACAAUCCACCAAUAUUUGAACGUCCCACAUAUAGAACUCAAAUCACAGAAGAGGAUGACAGAAAUUUGCCAAAGCGUGUUCUCCAGGUCACUGCAACCGAUGGCGAUAAAGACAGACCUCAGAACAUUGUCUACUUUCUGACUGGUCAGGGUAUCGAUCCGGACAAUCCAGCCAAUAGCAAAUUCGAUAUCAAUCGUACGACUGGCGAAAUUUUUGUUCUCAAGCCUUUGGACAGAGAUCAACCUAACGGAAGACCACAAUGGAGGUUCACUGUUUUUGCUCAAGACGAAGGUGGAGAAGGUCUCGUAGGUUAUGCCGACGUUCAAGUAAAUCUAAAAGACAUCAAUGAUAAUGCUCCCACAUUCCCUCAGGGUGUUUAUUUUGGCAAUGUCACAGAAAAUGGCACAGCAGGAAUGGUAGUAAUGACCAUGACAGCAGUGGAUUAUGACGAUCCAUUUGAAGGUACCAAUGCAAAACUAAUGUACUCCAUCGAGAAGAACGUAAUUGAGGAAGAAACUGGUUCUCCGAUUUUCGAAAUUGAACAGGAAACUGGAGUAAUUAAAACUGCCGUUUGCUGUUUAGAUCGUGAACGAACUCCUGAUUAUUCGAUACAAGUGGUUGCAAUGGAUGGCGGGGGAUUAAAGGGUACUGGGACGGCGUCGAUAAGAGUGAAAGAUAUAAACGACAUGCCGCCCCAAUUCACAAAAGAAGAAUGGUUCACAGAAGUGGAUGAAACUGAUGGUCCCGAUUUGCCAGAUGUACCAAUUCUAACAGUUACUGUACACGAUGAAGAUGAAACCAAUAAAUUCCAAUACAAGGUAAUUGAAAACAGUGGCUAUGGAGCUGAUAAAUUUACAAUGGUACGAAAUAACGAUGGCACUGGAUCAUUGAAGAUUGUUCAACAACUCGACUAUGAGGAUACAUUGCAAAGCAAUGGUUUCCGAUUUAGAAUCCAGGUUAAUGAUAAGGGAGAGGAUAAUGACAACGACAAAUAUCAUGUCGCUUACUCAUGGGUGGUUGUUAAAUUACGCGAUAUCAAUGACAAUAAACCUCAAUUUGAUAAGGCGAAUAUUGAAACAACAGUUGCCGAAAAUGCAGUUGUUGGAAAUCAUCUCGAGACAUUUAAGGCAAUUGAUCCUGAUCAGGGGGGAAAGAGCAAAGUCUCCUAUUCAAUUGAUCGUAGUUCCGAUCGAAAGAGACAAUUCCAUAUCAAUGACAAUGGAACUGUAUCAAUACAACGUAGUCUCGAUCGUGAGGAAACUCCCCGACAUCAGGUGAAAAUCCUAGCAAUUGAUGAUGGUAUACCGCCAAAGACUGCAACAGCAACACUGACAGUAAUUGUCCAAGAUAUCAAUGACAAUCCCCCAACUUUUUUGAAAGACUAUCGACCAGUUCUUCCAGAGUAUACACUACCGAAAAGAGUUGUUGAAAUUCUAGCAACUGACGAUGAUGACAGAUCAAAGAGUAAUGGUCCACCAUUCACUUUUAAAUUGGAUCCAGCGGCUGAUGAUAUUAUUCGAGCAAGCUUUAAAGUCGAGAGCGAUAACAAGGGUGCAAACGGAGACGGAAUGGCAAUUGUCUCAUCAUUAAGAUCAUUUGACAGAGAACAACAAAAGGAAUAUUUAAUUCCAAUAAUAAUCAGAGAUUCUGGAGAUCCUACAAUGUCCGGUACAAGUACAUUAACAGUUAUCAUUGGCGAUAUCAAUGACAAUAAAAUGCAGCCCGGCUCAAAAGACAUUUUUGUAUAUAAUUAUGCAGGACAAUCGCCAGACACGGAAAUUGGUAGAGUUUAUGUUUACGAUUUAGACGAUUGGGAUUUGCCUGAUAAGAAAUUCUAUUGGGAAAAUUUGGAACAUGCUCAAUUUAAACUCGAUGAAAAUACAGGAAUGAUAUCGAUGAGAGCGGGCACUCUCGAUGGAAGAUAUAAUUUACGUUUCAAGGUCUAUGAUAGAACACAUACACAAACUGAUGUACCUGCAAAUGUAACAGUGACUGUUAAAACAAUUCCACAUGAGGCUGUAUUAAAUUCAGGUUCAAUGCGUGUAUCAGGAAUUACUGAUGAGGAUUUUAUACGCGUUUGGGACUAUAAGACUCAAACACUAUCUAGAAGUAAAGCUGAUCUAUUUAAAGAUAAACUCGCCAAUUUGCUGAAAAUAGAUAAGGAAAAAGUUGAUGUGUUCAGUGUGCAACUGAGAAGAAAACAUCCUCCUUUAACGGAUAUCAGAUUUGCUGCUCAUGGUUCGUCGUAUUAUAAACCCGUUAGACUGAAUGGAAUUGUUCUGAUGCAUCGAGAAGAGAUUGAACGAGACGUUGGUAUUAAUAUAACAAUGGUUGGUAUUGAUGAAUGCCUCUAUGAAAACGAAAUGUGCGAAGGCAGUUGUACAAGUACUUUGGAUAUUAGUAAUUUACCGUACAUGGUGAAUGCUAAUAAAACCGCUCUCGUUGGAGUUCGAGUUGAUGUGAUAGCUGAAUGUACAUGUGGUGCGAGAAACUUUAGCAAAAGUGAAUCCUGCAGAACAAGUCCUUGUUAUAAUGGGGGUCGUUGCGUUGAAGGUCGUUUUGGUUUAUCAUGUCAAUGUCCAGCGGGAUAUAAUGGACCAAGAUGUCAACAAACAGCGAGAAGUUUUAAAGGAAAUGGUUGGGCAUGGUAUCCUCCUUUGGAGAUGUGUGACAACAGUCAUCUUAGCUUUGAAUUCAUCACAAGAAAACCAGAUGGAUUGUUACUUUACAAUGGACCUAUUGUACCUCCAGAGACUGAUGAGUCUCUCAUUUCCGAUUUUAUAUCAGUGGAACUUCAUAAAGGAAUACCGAGAAUGUUAAUUGAUUUUGGAUCCGGAACAUUGGAGCUAAGGAUAAAGACCAAAAGAUCUUUAGAUGAUGGAGAAUGGCACAGAAUCGAUAUAUUUUGGAAUACAGAGACUGUAAAAAUGGUAGUUGAUUUUUGUAAAUCGGCAGAAAUAUCCGAAUUGGAGGACGGAAGUCCACCGGAAUUUAAUGACACAAGUUGCCAAGCAACGGGUACAGUGCCACCGUUCAACGAAUAUCUAAAUGUCAAUUCACCGUUACAACUCGGUGGUCUUUAUUAUGAAACAUUUGAUCCCGAUCAAUUCAAAUGGAAGCAUAUUUGGGCGGGAACGAAUUUCGAUGGUUGUAUUAAAAAUUUAUUUCACAAUAGUAAACUUUAUGAUCUUGCACAUCCGGGAUUAUCGAGAAACAGUGAAGCCGGUUGUCCGCAAACUGAUGAAAUUUGCCACAAUCAAGAAUCAACUUUCCGUUGUUGGGAGCAUGGAACUUGCGUUGGAAGUUUCACGGAAGCAAGAUGCCAAUGUAAUCCAGGAUGGACUGGUCCUGGUUGUAUGACACCGACAAUUCCAACGACCUUUAAACCUCAAAGUUAUGUGAAAUAUGCACUUUCCUUUGAACCUGAUAGAUUCUCAACUCAAAUGCAAUUGAAAUUCCGUACGAGGGAGGAACAUGGAGAACUUUUUAGGGUUAGCGAUCAACAUAAUAGGGAAUACGCCAUUCUGGAGAUCAAGGACAGUAGAUUGCACUUUAGAUACAAUUUGAAUAGUCUGCGAACGGAGGAACGGGACAUUUGGUUGACGGCAAUAUCUGUUAAUGAUGGUCAAUGGCAUACUGUUCGAGUAUCGCGGUACGGAUCGGCAGCAACAUUAGAGCUUGACGGAGGUGAAGGUCGUAGGUUUAAUGAGACAUUCUCCUUCGAGGGACAUCAGUGGCUCCUUGUUGACAAGCAAGAAGGUGUCUUUGCAGGUGGUAAAGCCGAAUACACCGGUGUCAGGACCUUCGAGGUUUAUGCUGAUUAUCAAAAAGGUUGUUUGGAUGACAUAAGAUUGGAGGGAAAGCAUCUUCCAUUGCCACCGGCAAUGAAUGGAACUCAAUGGGGACAGGCGACAAUGGCAAGAAAUCUUGAUAGGCAUUGUCCUUCCAAUAAACCCUGCGCCAAUGUCAUUUGUCCUGAUCCUUUCGAGUGCAUUGAUCUUUGGAAUGAAUACGAUUGCACGUGUGGAGAAGGAAGAAUACCAUCACCGGAUAAUAAGGGUUGUAUGGACAAGAACGAGUGCAUCGAUUAUCCAUGUCUAAAUGGAGGACGAUGCAUCAAUCAAGAUCCAAGAUUCAGAUACAGGUGCAUCUGUCCCGCGGGAUUCUGGGGCGAAAAUUGUGAACUAGUUCAAGAGGGACAGACAUUAAAAUUGGGAAUGGGAGCACUUGCCGCUAUUUUAGUUUGUCUCUUAAUGAUUCUUGUUCUAGUAUUGGUCUUCGUUGUCUACAACAGAAGAAGGGAGUCUCUUAUUAAAUAUCCAGGUCCAGAUGACGAUGUGAGGGAGAAUAUAAUAAAUUAUGACGACGAAGGAGGUGGAGAGGACGAUAUGACUGCCUUUGACAUCACUCCUUUACAAAUACCAAUUGGUGGACCGAUUCCGGAAAUGGGUGGAAAAUUGCCACCUUGCAAAAUAGCAUACCCCUUGGGACCAGAACCAAAUGUGGGUAUUUUUAUCGAGGAUCAUAAGAAGAGGGCUGACAGCGAUCCAAAUGCUCCUCCUUUUGAUGAUCUUAGAAAUUACGCUUACGAAGGAGGCGGAAGUACCGCUGGUUCUCUUUCGUCACUAGCUUCCGGCACAGAUGACGAGCAACACGAAUACGAAUAUUUGGGUGCUUGGGGUCCCAGAUUUGAUAAAUUGGCCGAUAUGUACGGUCCAGUUGAAGAAAGCGAAGAGGAGGAAUAAAUUCAUCAAAGAAGAAAAAGAAAACAAAAAGUGAAUACAGUUUUGUGCUCUAUGGAAAAAAAAAAUCCUUAAGGACGUUCAUAAAAGAACGCCAAAAAAAAAAGCUCAUCGAGAAUUAAAGUGUUAGGUACGAGUUUAUUUCAAGAUCUCGUGAACUCUAAUUAAUCGAGAUAAAUUUCCACAAACUCGUGUAAGAAAAAAGCGACUUCAAAAUCGAAUGACAUCGAUCUUUAUUAACGUUUUAAAAAUUAAAAUUCCCAUAAUGUCGCGUAAUUAAUAUACAAAAAAAAUAUUGACUAGAUUUUCCACAUACACACACAGAGUAAAUCAAUCUAGUCAAUCAUGAGUGAAAAAUAUUGCCAAAAAAAAAAAAAAACACAAAAGAAAGCGAAACAAGAAAUAUCCGGCAAAAAUUUAUCUUCCACACUUGAAAGAGAUUAAAAUUGUUACAAAUCUCCUACGGAUGCUGAAGAAUAGAUUUUCACUGUUAAACUCGGUUUUUGUAGAUAUACUAAAAAAAAAAAUAGUUUCGCUUUCAAUUAAAAAAUAAUGAAGAUUUAAACAUAACUCUUCAAUGUAUAAUGUAAAUCUUUAACACAUGAAGAUUGAAAUAUCUUUAAUAUGAAGAUUAGGAAAAAUAUCUUUAAUAUAAAAAAAAAUAUCUUCAAUUUUAAAUAUUUAAAAAACGAAGAAAUAAAAACGAAGAUUACAAAAAAAAUGAAGAUAAAGAAAAAUUUUCAAUUUCAAUAAUAGAAUUUUCAAAAUUGAAAAUUUUUCUUAAAUUAAGAAUUUUUAAGCGAGAAAAAAAGAAUAAAAUCUUCAACUUGUUUUGAAGAUAUAAAGGAAAUAAUAUUCCUGAAUUUUUAGAUUUAUCUUCGGAGAAUUGCAAUAUUUUUCACACAAAAGAAUAAAAGGUGACGAACUCAGAAAAACACAUUGAAAUAAAUUAGAAUGAUACACGAACUCCAUACACUUAAUCAUAAUAUACAUAUUAAUCAUAAACACGCAUUCAUUCAUAAAACACUAUCGCACACAUUCAUAAUUGUCGAAAGGAAAGUAUAAUAAUUCACAUUAGAAACAAAAACGAUCACGAAUGAUCGUCCUGGAGGGAAUAAAUUAUUUAUUAAAAAAUAAAAGAAAAAGAACGAAAGACACCGGAAAAUAAGGAUCCCCGAACCUUUUUCAACCGGCGCGCAAAUCGACAUUGCAGAUAAUUUUCAACUCAUUAAUUAAAAAAAAAAAAUAUAAUCUAAAGGAAAACAAAACAAAAAAAAAACAAAAAAAAAAACAAAAAAAGAUUCAUAUUUGUAUAGUUCGUUAACACGUAUACGUAGUCAUCCCUCGCAAUGUGUACGUAACGUGAGGUUUUUUGCUAUUAUUUUUUUAUUUAUUAAAACUUGAAAAAAAAAAAAGAAAAAAAAUUACAUGUAGUAUAUCCGGACCAUUAAGAAACGAACGUUGCGAUCGUUUUAUCCAUAGACUAUUUUACCAUUUAAGACAAAUUAUUAUUAAUUAUUAAUGAAUUAUAAAAUUAUUAUUAAACGACCCUCGUCGUUCUUCAACUCUUAUCAAAUCUGAUCGUGCCACAAAAAAAAAAAAAAAAAACAAACAAAAAGAUCUCACAAAGUUGACGAAUUUCGAGUCUUUUUAUACCCUUCCCCCCCCUCAAACUUCGGACCCCCAAAAAUACUUUUUCAUUACUUUUAUAUAUAUAUAAAAAAAGCGAUAUUUGUAAAACAGUUUCUUACACACAGUCAGUUUUUUAAAUCAGUCAUUUUUCAAAUAAAUAUUCUCUCCUCACGACUGAAAUUCCGAUUGUCAUUAUUUUUUUUUUUUUUUAUUUUUAAUGACAAACGAAAAAUAUAUCAAUUUUAUUAUAUAUUAUAUACAUACAUAUAUACUCGUUUUAUAUGCAUUUUUUAUUCUAACGAAUGUUUCAUUCUUUUCGAUCGACAUCGAAUAUAAUCUGAGAAUUUGAGAUUUUUUCGAAUUUCAAAAUUGUAUGGAAUUUUGGUGAACAUUAAUAUUUUAUUUCUCAUAAUAAUAAUAAAAAUUAUUAUUAUUAUUAAAUAAUAAAAAUUAUUAUAUUAUUAUUAUUUAAUAAUAAAAAUAAUAACAAAAAUUAUUGUUAAUGAAAAAACUUUUUUUUUAAUUACUUUUCAGAUUGAGAAAAGAGUAUUUAAAAAUUCCAUAAAAUUUCGAUUUCUUUUUUCCAACGAAAAUUUCUUAAAAAUUCUUUUUUCCGAAACAUCUGUUAAAUCAUAGAGAAAAAAAAAAACGAAAUUUAUGACUGAAUAUAAUUCUACGUGACUGUGUUAAAUUACGUUCGAUUUUACAGUUUUCCUCGCGUCGUAUUUGAAUCUUUAAGAAAAAAAAAAAAAGAAAAAAAAACAACUAUUAUAGGUACUGUUUUUUCCACUCGAAUCGACUGAUUUGUAAAAUUCUCAACGGGAUAUUAAUAGUCAAUUUACCUGUUAGGUCACUUAUCCAUUAAGGGGUACGUAAAAAAUAAGUACUGUACGAAAACUAUGUAAUUAACGUGUAUGACACAAUUUUUUUUUUUUUUUUUUUUUUUUUUUUGUCAAUUGACAGAAAAAAAAGGAAAAUUCAUACACAAUCAAGUAAUUGUAUAAUUGUCCUAAUUAUCAUCGUAAUUACGUAUCGUUUUGCGAUUUGUGAUAUUAAGUUUCAUAUAUAAAAUGCUCGCGCUCGUCCCAAGGGUUUCACUAGUCUAUUUUUUAGUCUAAGUUUAGAAAUAUAUAAAUAAAUAAAAGUAGACUUUAAUAGAUUCCUCUUUUCCAGGGUGUCGAUACGAUCUAAUUUCCAUUGUUCUUUCUUUUUAAUUAUUAAUUUUUAAACAAAAAAUUCAUUUAUUUAAUUUUAAAAAAAUCUUUCUAUUUAUUUAGAAAUCAUAUUCUGAGAAAUUUUUUUAGAAUAAUUAAUAUAGUAAUUUAAAUUUUUUCCCAAAUUUUCCUUUGUAAAUAUAAUAGAAACUUUAUAAAUAUUAAUUUUUAAAUUAACUGAAAACUAAUUUUUUUCUGUAAAAUAUGUAUAUUUAUUUUUUUUUUUAAUUUAUUUUAAGGGAGAAAAAAGUAAUAAAAAUUUUUAUUUCUUUUUAUCUCGUUCUACUUAAGAUGCAAUUUUGCAAAAUAAAAAAAUCAUUCCCAAGUUCAAUCGAUACCCUGAUUUUUUAUGAUAAAUUUAAAUUAUUUAAUGUAGGGCUUUUAUUUCUUUCCUGUUUCUAUUUUUUUUAUAUUUCUUUUUUAUAUUUUUUUUUUUUAUAAUUCUCUUUUUUAGUAAAAAUAUUUUUUAUGUAUAAUUUCAAAAAUAUCAAAUUAUUUGUUUUUUGGCUUAUUGUAAUUUUUUUUUCUAUCCCCCUCCCCCAUCCCCCCAAUCGAUUGUAGUAUAAACAGUAUUUCCACAGACUGGCAUUAGGAAACGAGAGUUUAUCGUUAAAUCUGAGUUGCGUCGGUGCGUGUGUGCAGUGGCAUGAAAGAAAAAAUGAUGAAUUAUAGUUAGGACUCAGCCGUUAUGUAUGUAAAUUAACGAAUAAUUAAAAAAAAAAAAUUAAUUCUCCGCGAUUGCUCGACUCAGGCACCUC